AUGUAUGGAAGAAUAUUCCCGAACUUAUUCACAAGGAGAACAUACCAUAAAAUGACGACAGGAAAACAAAUACUAUUAGUACCAGGUCCAGUAACAUUAUCACCUCAGGUACAAACUGCAUUAUCGCAAGAUGCACUCUCCCACACGGGGGCUGAGUUUGUUUCCAUUUUCCAAAACGUUUUGAAAAAUACAAGGAAAUUAUUCAAGAGCUACGAUAUGAAGGCUCAACCUAUUGUCAUUGCUGGUUCAGGAACUUUGGGGUUUGAUAUUGCCGGUUCUAAUUUGAUUAAACCAAAAGAUAAAGUUCUUGUUUUAUCUACUGGGUUCUUUAGUGAUUCAUUUGCUGAUUGUUUGCAGGGAUAUGGUGCUGAAGUUACGAAGUUGACAGCUCCCCUAGGUGAUGUGGUUCCAUUACAAGAUUUUGAAGAUGAAUUGAAGAAGGGUCAUUAUACGGCGGUGGUUGCUACUCAUGUAGAUACCUCUACUGGUGUAUUGAAUGAUAUUGAGAGUAUUUCUGAAGUGGUACAGAGGAUAUCUCCCGAGAGUUUCCUUUUUGUAGAUAGUGUUUGUGCCAUUGGUUGUGAAACUAUGGAAUUUGAUAAAUGGAAAGUAGAUUAUUGCUUGACUGCAUCUCAAAAGGCAAUUGGUGCACCACCAGGGUUAAGUAUAUCUAUGAUUAGUGAAAGGGCUUUACAAUUUGCAUUGGGGAAACGAAAUAAUAGUGGUGUGUUUUUUACUUCUUUGAAAAGAUGGUCACCAAUAUUGAAGGCAUACGAGGGAAAUUUGGGUGCAUAUUUUGCUACACCUCCUACGCAAUUGAUAAAUAGUUUAGAUGUUGCAUUGAAGCAAAUUUUAGAAACUGAAGGCGGUAUAGACGGAAGAGUUCUUAAACAUAAGGAAACCAGUGAUUGGUUCAAAGACAGGCUAUGUAAAGAAUUGAAUCUAAAAUUGGUAAGCAAAUAUCCUUCUAAUGUUUCUGCACAUGGUCUAACUUCUAUAUAUGUACCAAAUCCAAAAGAAACAAUACUAUCAUUAAAGGAGCGCGGGUUUAUCAUUGCAGGUGGACUUCAUAAGGAAAUUGCAAGUCAAUAUAUUAGAAUUGGCCAUAUGGGUGUAUCGGCAUGUGAUGAUGAAUUGAACCAUAUUCCGAAAUGCUUUAAGGCAUUGAAAGAUGUACUCUAA